AUGCCAUUUCCAAUUUGGUGCUCAACUUGUCAACCUGCGGAAUCCGUGAUCAUAGGACAAGGAGUACGAUUCAACGCUCUUAAGAAGAAGGUUGGACACUACUAUUCCACCCCUAUAUAUAGCUUCCGCAUGAAGCAUAGCGUAUGUGGGGGUUGGAUAGAGAUACGGACAGAUCCCCAACACACAGAAUAUGUGGUUACUGAGGGAGCCAGACGGAAGGUUACUGCGGAUAUAGGAAAGGGGGAGUAUGAGGAGACUUCUACUGGAGCUGGAGAAAUUCGAGUACGAAUGCCUGGAAAUGAAGGAGAAAAUGAGACAACGGACCCGUUUGCGGCCCUAGAGGGGAAAAUUGCUGAUAAAAAUAAAUACAUGACUGAAAAGAUGCGGAUGGACGAACUAUUAAAGAGACAGGAUCGGGACUGGGAAGAUCCAUAUGAAAAUUCAAGAAAGCUCAGAAAGGCAUUUAGGGCAGACAGAAAGAAACGGGAGGCAAUACAAUCCGAGACGGAAGCUAUUAAAGAAAAAUAUAGCUUGGGGGUCGAUUUACUUGAUGAGACUGAGGGUGACCGUGUUCGUGCUGGGGUAGUUGAAUUCGGGCAAGAAAGUGACCCUGGCUCUUCCCUGACCUUGCCAUCGAACCUUCGAACGAAACCACUUUUCGAAAAUACCUCCUCGCAACAUAAGCAGAUUAUUACUUCCAAAUCUGGUCAAAUGAAAAACCGGGAAAAAAAGGGGGGUCUGAUUGCUAAGAAAAAGGCUCAAUUACAAAGGAAGCUUCAAGGAAACACGAAAGCAGCCAUCGAUCCAUUUCUUCUCAUAGAUGAAUCUAUUUGGCAACAUUCACCAAGUGCUGCAAAGAAAAGAAGGCCAAGCAAGUUGGAAAAUGAGAUAUCGACUGGAACACGAGAUGAAAGCGAUGAUGCAGCAGACGAUAAACCCGCCAAGAAUAAGGAAACCAGAAACAACGAGACCAGAAAUGAAGGUAGCGCUAAGGGAAAUGGCCGCCUGUUAAAACCCUCCCAGAAGCCAGAAGGUCAGAUACCCCUUAGUUCCGGGCUGGUGGAUUAUGGGUCGGAGUCGGAUUAG